GAAACAGAUCCUGCUUCUCUCUUCCACAGGCCAUUUUCUCUCCCUCAAUCGACGGCGUUUGAUUCCGACGGCCUCCGCUAGACGAGGAGAGGUUGAGAGGGCUCCGUUGUGAGCGGGAGGCAUGGCUUGAGGUGGAGGGAGGGAGGGAGGGAAGAACAGAGCGGUGGAGGCGGAUACGUGCGGCUACAGCUGGAGGUCGAUACAUUCGGUGUGGUGAUCGCGGCGAAGGAGCGACGCCCCGCUCAGUUGCCGCCGCCGGCCGCCGGCCACCACGGAGCGAGACCUCAGUGAGGCGGUGAAGUACGGGGCUUCUGCGCGAGCUCACCACAGCACUGUCAGCGUGUGGAAGGCGGUGAUAGCGGAAUGGCCAGUUUCCGUCUCACCGGUCUGGAGGCACGCAAGGUGUUUGUUAGAAUGCUUAGCAGCGGGACAGGUGGCAGCGAUGCCGCUGUGGAGGCUUUUGACCCCGCCAAGCGCCUCUGCAAGCUCAUCAUCUCCUGCCGGCAGGCCUCGGGGCUUGAGAUCGAGCUCGACCACAGCGACCUCCGAGUCACCCCGGACGUCGCCGAGCGCGUCCUCGAGCGCCUCGACAACGCUGGCAUGCUCGCGUAUCGCUUCUUCGAGUGGGCGCGCAAGCAGAGGCGUGGUGGCUGCGCCCACACCGUCCGCUCCUUCCACACGGUGGUCGCGUCCCUCGCCAAGAUCCGCCAGUACCAGCUCAUGUGGGACGUCGUUGCCAUAAUGUGCCGGCAGGGCGUGGUCAAUGUCGAGACGUUUGGCAUCAUAAUGCGGAAGUACGCACGGGCGCAGAAGGUCGAUGAAGCUGUUUACACGUUCAAUGUCAUGGAGAAGUACGGCGUGGUGCCUAACCUCGCCGCUUUCAACAGCCUGCUUUGCGCACUGUGCAAGUCCAAGAAUGUGCGCAAGGCACAGGAGAUCUUUGAACAGAUGAAUGACCGGUUCAGCCCUGAUGCCAAGACCUAUAGCAUCUUGCUUGAGGGUUGGGGGAGAGCGCCUAAUCUCCCAAAGAUGCGAGAGGUCUACAGUGAGAUGCUUGAUGCAGGCUGCCAGCCUGACAUAGUCACAUAUGGCAUCAUGGUUGAUUCCCUCUGCAAGACAGGCCGUGUUGAGGAAGCUGUCUUUGUGGUGCAGGACAUGAGCUCCAGGGGCUGCCAACCAACAACCUUCAUAUACAGUGUGCUCGUGCAUACUUACGGUGUUGAAAUGAGGAUCGAGGAUGCUGUUGCAACAUUUUUGGAUAUGCAGAAGGACGGAAUCGUGCCAGAUGUUGUGGUUUAUAAUGCACUUGUCACUGCCUUCUGCAAAGUGAAAAAAUUUGACAAUGCAUUUAGAGUCAUGGAUGACAUGGAAGGCCAUGGAAUCACCCCAAACUCAAGGACCUGGAACAUCAUCCUUAACAAGAUGAUUAGCCUUGGAAAGGAUGAAGAAGCAUACAGGGUCUUCCGCCGUAUGAUAAAGCGCUGCCAGCCAGAUUCUGAUACAUACACCAUGAUGAUAAAGAUGUUCUGUGAGAAUGACAGGUUAGAGAUGGCACUGAAGGUAUGGAAAUAUAUGAGGUUGAAGCAGUUUCUGCCGAGCAUGCACAUGUUCUCUGUGCUGAUCAACGGGCUGUGUGACAAGGGUGAGGUUAGCCAAGCUUGUGUUCUGCUUGAAGAUAUGAUAGAGAAGGGCAUUAGACCCCCUGGUUCAACAUUUGGCAAGCUGAGGCAGCUCCUUCUGAAGGAAGGAAGGAAGGAUGUGCUUGAAUUUCUCGUUGAUAAAAUGAAGAUUCUGAUACAGGAACCUUUGUUUGAUUGACCAUUCAUUAUGUUCCAAUGGCUUGAGGGAGCAAAUGCCCAAUUCUCCAGGAUGGAUAAGGUUUUCCAUGUCAUAUUCUUGCAGUAGUUAUAUGUCCAUGAUGAAAUCUCUUCUUCAUACUGCCUAAAAACUACUGUUGUCUUGUGUCAUAAUUCAUAGGUAAAGGUAAAAUCCAAUUGUAAGAAAAUAAAGCCAUUGACAAGAGGCAUAGAGGUUUCCUUGGAAAGGUCAAGCAAAAGACAACAGUGGCAAGCAAACCCAAAUCUUGAAGAUUUGAUGGGCUCUGCACAUCAGAUGGCUAUGGCUGUAAAAAACAGAUGCCUCAAGACCCUGGGUUGAGUUUCACGCAGUGCUCAAGCGCUUUUUGGGGUAGCGGUGGAAUCCAUUGUGCACGGGAGGCAAGAAAAUUCUGAUCUGACCGGUGGUUGUAAGGCAGAACAAUCACUGAGUUGGCUCCUAACUUGAUCAAGUUGAUCUCCAUAAGAGUUGUUAAACAUCGAACUGUUGCUCAAGACCUGAACAGCCAAGGAUGGGUAACUGACAUCAAAGGAGCCCUAACGGUACAAGUGAACUAUUGAGUGUCUUCAGAUUUGGGACAUGGUUGAUAAUCUGGUCUUACAUCAGAAAGUUCAUGAUCAGCAGCGGUGGCGUUUCACUCGGUCAGGUUCCUACAUCAGUACAUAUGCAUAUCACACUUUCUUCAUUGGAACCAUCAAGUUCACACCUUGGAAACAAAUCUGGAAAAGCUGGUCUGCACUGCAAAUUUUCAUUUCGUUAGUUGUAAACAGCCGGUGUUGGACAGCUGGCCGACUUGCGAAGCGCGGCCUUCCCUAUCCAGUUGCUUGUCCCCUCUGUGAUCAGGCUGAGGAAACAAUCCAACACACCAUCAUCUCAUGUGUGUUUGCUCGGCAGGUCUGGACACUAAUUUUCCAAAGGUUGGGCCUGAUUGCUAUUGUCCCUCAACCUACUGCUGCUCAGUUCUCUGCUUGGUGGAGCAAUGCUAUCAGUAGGGUUCCAAAGGUGCUGAGAGAAGGCCUCAACUCCCUGAUCAUUUUAAUACCUUGGGAGCUUUGGAAGCACCGAAAUGAUUGUGUUUGAAGGGGCAAACCCAAGUGUUAAGGUGGUUUUGCAAACAGUGGAUGAGAAUGGUUUAUGGUGUCUGGCUGGAAUCUCUGCGCUUCAUAAGCUCCUCCUUCGGUCGCUCUCCCUGGACUCUUAUUAUUGGGGAGGUGACCUGGUCGUGGACGUUUAAAAUUCAUAGUGGCGUGUUUGUAGUCCUGUUGUGUGUGUGCUGGGUGUGUUUUAUGAGUAGUCUCUUUGGCCUCUCCCCUGUACUGUUUUUUCUCUCUUAACGAAAUGACACGCAGCUCUCAUGCGUUGUUCUAGAAAAAUAGAAAAACAUCUUUGACUGAAUGAAAGCACUUGAUGACACGAUUGAGAAGUCACUUUCAUCAUGUUUUGUUCACUUUCACUGCUAUUUACCGUGUGCUUCCAUUUGGUUUAACCUUUUUCUUAGGUGCAGAUCCUUUGUAGGUUGCUGUUCUGUAGGAGCUGGUGAAACGGCCAUAGUGGCUUGACACUAUCGAUACACAGGUGUUGCAUUUAGAUUUAGGUACCUACUUCACCGAUUAUUCACUUUCACUUUGCAGUUACUACUUCUUUUUAUUCCAAGGUUGUUUAGAACCAAUGGAUAAUACUAUUUUUGGCUCUAUAUGGCUGAUCAAAGGGACACCAAAACCU